ACAAGGUCAACCUCAAGCCAACAAAAUGGCAUCCUUCUUAGCUUUGCGAGCUAAUGCGGCUUCGCGCUCGGUCGUUCAUGCACGGUCCUUCGCCACGACAACGCGGAUACUCAAUAAUACCCCCAGACCCCCACCACCCAUUGAUGAUUCCACUUCGGCUUUGGACUACAAAAGAUCUCACCGUGUGCGGCCACCACCCUUGCCAGUGAUGGAUCUGCCAAGACAGAGAACUGCGGAGGAGGCCGUCACGAAUAUCCUCUAUAACACCCCGCCUCCUAGCCUCCAACCGUUUAAAAAGCAUGUCCUGAACUGUCUCGUGCAAAACGAGCCGGGUGUGUUAUCCCGCGUCUCUGGUAUCCUCGCAGGACGUGGUUUCAAUAUCGACUCCCUCGUCGUAUGCCGUACCGAAAUUCGCGACCUGAGUCGGAUGUGCAUCGUCCUCAGCGGCCAGGACGGUGUAAUUGAACAGGCCAGACGUCAGCUAGAAGACCUUGUCCCCGUAUGGGCUGUUCUCGACUAUACCGAAACCCGAACAAUCACUCGUGAACUGCUCCUGGUCAAACUCUCCAUCCUUGGGCCCGAAUACCUCGAAGACCAACUUCAAGGCGGACCCUCCCACGAACCCCGUCGCAUGGGCCGCAACCCCCAAGCCUAUGCAGACGACCAAACCGAAGGUCAAGUCAGUCCCGAAAAACUAGAGGCCGAAAUCAACCUCGCCCAGAAAUUCGAGCACCCCGAGUCUGUCCUCCCUCACGAGUCCUCUACUACGGGUGGUGGUUCCAGCCAGAAGAUGUUGACGCCGUCGGAGGCGUUGAGACAGAGACAUCAGCAUCUGCAGAGUAUCCAUGUAUUGGCGACGCAGUUUGGAGCGAAGGUCGUGGAUGUGAGCGAGACGUGUAUUAUUGUCGAGAUGAGUGGGAAGACAUCGAGGGUGGAUGCGUUCUUGUCGCUCGUCAAGCCGUUCGGGAUCAUUGAGAGUGCUCGUACCGGUAUCAUGGCCAUGCCCCGUACACCCCUCGCUCGCUCGCCCGACGACGACAUCUACGCCGAAGAAGCCGGUGCCAUCGACGCCAGCUUACUCCCUCCCGGUUAAACGUCCUUCGCAUCUAUCCUUCCUGCCUCUUGCGACACUCUUCCUCUUGGUUGUGUCCUACUCUCCACACCACCAUCUGUGGCCAUCUAAAAAUUAUCCUAAGUCAUUGACUUGUUCAUGGGUGAUGAUUACUUAUCCAAUAUGUGAUGUUGCCCGUCUGUGCUUCUUACCAAUGGUUACCAGUGGUCCGAUCCACCCGGGUCUGCUCGUGCAGAAUGUAGUGACAGUUCUC